GUGGCGAGUCAGCCGGGCGCGCGGGGCGGGGCCGGGCGCGGUAAAUAGGCGCGGGGGCAGCCUCCGGGAAGCUACGGCGGCUGCUCGGCCCGGCGCUGGCGGGGGCCCCCGCGCGCUCGCAGGGUGCAGGCCCAGGCUCUCGGCUGCGGGGCUCGGUGAAUCGAAGAUCCAGCUUCCAAAAUGUGGCAGCUCUUGGCCACCCUUGGCUGCCUGGUGGUGCUGACUGGUGCCCAGAGCAGGCCGCCUUUCCAGCCGCUGUCGGAUGAGCUGGUCAGCUACAUUAACAGACGUAACACUACGUGGAAGGCUGGACACAACUUCCACAAUGUGGACCCGAGCUACCUGAGGAAGCUAUGUGGCACCUUCCUGGGUGGGCCGAAGCUGCCCCAGAGAACUUGGUUUGCCGAGAACAUGAUUCUGCCUGAAAGCUUCGAUUCCCGGGAACAGUGGCCUAACUGCCCGACCAUCAAAGAGAUCCGAGACCAGGGCUCCUGUGGAUCCUGCUGGGCAUUUGGGGCCGUGGAAGCCAUUUCUGACCGGAUCUGCAUCCGCACCAAUGGGCACGUCAACGUGGAGGUGUCUGCCGAGGACCUGCUCACGUGCUGUGGCGACCAGUGUGGGGACGGCUGUAAUGGGGGCUUUCCUGCUGAAGCUUGGAACUUCUGGACAAAACAAGGCCUGGUUUCCGGUGGGCUCUAUGAAUCUCAUGUAGGCUGCAGACCCUACUCCAUCCCUCCCUGUGAGCACCACGUGAACGGCUCCCGGCCCCCAUGCACAGGGGAGGGGGAUACCCCCAAGUGCAGCAAGAUCUGCGAGCCCGGCUACACCCCGUCCUACAAAGAAGACAAGCACUAUGGAUGCAGUUCCUACAGCAUGUCCAGUAGCGAGAAGGAGAUCAUGGCAGAGAUCUACAAGAACGGCCCGGUAGAGGCGGCCUUCACCGUGUACUCUGACUUCCUGAUGUACAAGUCUGGAGUGUACCAGCACGUCACUGGAGAAAUGAUGGGAGGCCACGCUGUCCGCAUCCUGGGCUGGGGAGUGGAGAAUGGCACGCCCUACUGGCUGGUUGGCAACUCGUGGAACACGGACUGGGGCGACAAUGGCUUCUUUAAAAUCCUCAGAGGACGGGAUCACUGUGGAAUUGAAUCAGAAAUUGUGGCGGGAGUCCCAUGCACUGACCAGUACUGGAAAAAGAUCUAAUCUGCUGUGGGGCUGGUCCUGCCAGCCCUGGGGCAGUGUUUCCCUAAAUAUAGCCAGUUGAGGAGAUGGGGAGGAGGAGAUGGGGAGGCAUGUCUUUUAUCCUUUCGAGUUGAGAUAAGGUAUAAGAGGUUUUAGACAGGACCUGAAGGAUUGGGCCAAACCUCGCAUCUACCAUCAGAACCGUCUUCCAAGGAGACAUGUCCAAGGCCUGGCUACCUCCCAGCCUGCUGGGUGGACCGCAGUCCCAGGGCACACUUAGACGACGUGAGCCACCCUCACAAGCAAAGCGAGGCCUUCCACCCCCCGCCCCCCAGACUAGUGCCCGCACCCCAGCGCAUCCUCCCCCCUUCCGCGCACACCGGGAAGCCAGACCGAGACCUAGAGGGUUUGUUAGGCGUUCCAGAGGAAUAGAAAGUGGAGUCCCUAACAAGACCAGUCCCCACCAGUGGCAGUACUUGUAAGCAAGUAGCUCGCUAGCUGUGGACUAGGUUGAAAAGAAAACCCGUGGGGCGGCCCUUGGGGGAAACCCGUUCUCCAAAGGCCCCUGCAUCUCUUGAGCUUUGCGGUGUUGCUGCAAAGACCCUCUCUGGUCAUGCCCUUGGCAUGGUUCCUUUUUAGGUGUUUCAUUUUGUGUGCACCUCAGCUGAUCAUGUGAAUGAGAGAACAGUUGGAGGAUCUGUCCUCGCUUCACAGACCAUGUCUCCCUCCCCCACCACCAGGUGGUCACGACCCGAUCGGCCUCCCAGCCUAAUACAGUGAAACUCAUUCGGGAGAAACCAGCUUUACCCCUGUAAAGAUCACUGCUUCACUCUGUUAAUUUAACCAGGAAAGGAAUGACUGUGCCAAUAAAACAUUUUCUCCCUCAA